GGAAGCGACGUGGAUGACACGCACACACACACCCUCUCUCUUUCUCACACACACAGGAGAGGAGGACAGCGAAGAAGAAGAAAAAGACACUGAGAGAAGGAGGAGACGAAGAAAAGGAAGAAGAGGAGGAGAGGGGCAAGCGCAGAGAGAUACAAGAGGAAGAAAUCCGGGGAGAAAUGCCCGCUGGACGGAUGGAUUUUAUUUUCCCCGAGCUGUACCAGCCUCUGUAAGACAACAUGGGCUGCAUAGGAUCCCGGACCAUAACAGUGGAUGCGGUGCCGGUACAGAAAGAUGGGGAUCAGUUGUCCAUGGAGGACACUACUUCCAUUCUUCCUCGCCUCAAGAGGAAGCCCCCUCAGGCCUAUGGGAUCGGCGCUCUGGCUAAGUCCUCUCUGACAGGUGUGUCAGGUGUGUCUCGCUCCAUGAAGGACAAAGUGACCAAGCCCACUGCCAUGGCCCACGGUCGCGUUGCCCACAUGAUCGAGUGGCAGAGCUGGGGCAAACCAACUGCGGGGCCGCUGGGGAGCGCGGUGCACACCAGCCUGCAGAGGGAGGAGAGGAGGAUCGAGAAUGAUGCCUACAGUGACCUCAGUGACGGAGAGAAGGAGGCUCGCUUCGCUGCAGGUAUAAUGCAGCAGUUUGCCAUCUCUGAGGCGACUCUGUUUGGCUGGAACUCAAUGGACGGGGAGAGUAUGGGAGCCGGCUCCAACCAGGGCAGCGUCGCUCACCUCAGCGAGGUCAACCAGGAGAGCAUCACCAGCAGAGACCAGGUGCUCCACCACUCCUCGGCGGACGUCUGGCCUCACACCUACGUGUCACAGGGCUUGUACUGCCUGUCGUCCUCUGACGCCUGGGACCCCAUCACCAGCCAGCCCUCGGGCAUGGCCUCGCCUGCUGCAGGCUCAUACAUCAUGAGUGCAGGUGGCGGCAGUGGACCAGCGGGGACUCCCGGUGAGGGGUAUGAGGGGACGGUGGGCAAUUACCUUCAGCAGCAUCAUUUCACCUUGCAGCAGCAGAACCAACUCCAACAGCUCCAACACCUUCACCAGUUCCAGCAGCAACAGUUCCUGCAGUACCAACAACAACAACAGUCUAUGGAGCAAAGGCUACAUAGUGCCUCCCAUUCCCUCCAAGCCACACCCAACAGCACCAUCCACAGCCUUGGCCCUCCCACCCACCCCCGGCUCGCUGACCUGUGGGGAGCUGCGCUGGUCGAGGCACACCACGGGGAGAUCAUCGGCCAGCUGAAUGGACAGAUGGUUGACAUGAUCGGAGGAGUGGAGACGGUUGGAGAGGAGCCAGAGCUCGAGUCUGAAGACACCCCUGAGCAGCACGAAGAGGAGGAUGAGGAGGAGCUGACAAAGGUCGAAGAGGUUACACUAAUCCUGGAGCCGGAGCCGUGCUCUUUGACCCCGUCCCCCCUGAAGGAGGACCUCUCCUCCACCAGAGGCUCAAGCCCAGGACUGCCAGCACAGAUCGCUCAAUCUGUCCCAGGGAGGAUACCGUUUGAGGUCACGCCCUGCAUCGCCCAAUCAGUAGAGGAGUAAGAGGCAGAGGAGGGCUCCCUUGGUAUUGUUGGACCAAUUGAAUCAGAGGGCCGCAAAAAAACGGAAAAAAUAGAAAAUAACUUCUUCAAUAAUCAAUCAAGCUAUUCUAUCCCAACCCUCCCUAGUAUUUUACCCACUUUGAGUCGGAGGAGAAGACUUUUGAAGACAAAAUCGUGGGAUGUAAUGUACACAAACUAAAUGCCAAGAAGCCACUUUUCAGUUACUGCAGGACAUGUGGAGUCCUCCGAAGGACAAAAAAAAGAACAAAAAGAAGAGAAAGGUAGGACUGAAGGGCAAAGAAAUGCCCUAAUUAAAAAUCAGUAUCAGUGCAAUACAACAAACACGGACAUUACAACGUUAAACAGUAUCUGCAAAUAAUUCUGAGUGGUUGUUUCAGGUGAAGCGUGGUACAUUAGAGAAACACAGCAGGAGCAGAAACUCUACCUGGUCUUAGUUCACUCUUUGAGUUGCCAUUUUUAUUCAACAUUUUCUGAUGAGGUCCAAUCUGAUACUCAGCAGCUACGUUCACACUGUGACCAAUUUUGGAUUUCUUGCCCGGAUCCAAUUUUUUCUUUGGCUGUUACAUAAUUUUAUUGUGGCCAAUGAUCAGACUCCAGUGUGAAGUACACACAUGCGCAAAAAAACUAUAAUAAAGAAGUCACAUGCAGUAAACAUGAGGCCACUAAAGUCAGUGUGGUGGUAGCUUUAAUGAGUUCAUCGAAUUAUAAUAAGGAAGAAGAGAAGGAGAACCAUUUGGUAAGCAUGGCGUCUGUGGAGCAAUGGCUGCUACUUCUGUACGAAGUCUGGUGAUACGGAGACUAAGUGGGGAUUUGUUUGUGAAUGUGGAAUUCAUGCUAGAGCAGAAUUGUGACUAAGACGAUAUAGAGUGUCUUAAAAGUUGCUUAAACUCCAAAUUGGCAGAGAAAAAAAAAGGUCAGCAGUCUGAACGUAGCCUGACCUGUGGCAAACACUUGGAAUUAUUUGCAAACGCUUCAUCUGGACACAACCAAAAGAAAGUGCAUGCUUUUUAACAGUGACCUAGCCCUUACAGUAUAACACCGUAUACAAAGUAAUAAUAUAUCAAAUGGCUUUUUAUUAUAAAAGAAAAAAAUCCAAUAAACUGAUAUGUAUUUGUAUGAAUGUAAGACUGUAUGUAUGUAUGAAUGUAGCUUUGUUUGUGUGUAAAAUAUAUAUAUUCUGGGAAACACAUUCUUCUUGGUGCUGUUCUUUUCCACCAUGUGCCAUAAAAGUGCACACACACAAUCGUUAUUUUUGUUUUAUGAUGACCAUCGACUAAUUACGUAUAUCUAACAAACCUCACAAGGGGAAAUCUGUAAGAUAUGACCCAAUAUUUAAGCUUAAAACAAUCAAAAAAUGAACAUCACCAGCAGAAGGUGUAGAGGUUACUGUGUUAACAUUAUUUAAAAAUGUCUAUGUUGAUAUCUGACCAGCCCCUGCCUGUCUUGUAAUACCACCUUGAGAGGUUAUUGUGAAGCACUGAAGCGCCAGUCUGCCCUCAGCUUAAAUAACAAAGAGGCGGGACUUCGCCGAGGGCCCGUCAACAAGAACAUUUUUGAUCCAUAUUUUAGUUAUUAGAUUAUUCUAAGGAGUCUAAAUAAAUAAAUGAACAAUCAAAAUGUAAAGUGACAUGGAUCACACAGCCCUGGGGUAAUGGUAAAGUAGACACACAUAUAGCUCAUGUAAACUAUUGGCCCACUUUAAGUUAACACAAUGUGAGUCAUUUCAAUAAACUCCGCACUUCAGUAUAUUUCCCUGCUGUUUGUAAGCUAUUUUCAGUUAAAUACUCCUUCUAUGUGACUAUAGGCAUUACAAAUUGCAUCAGCUUUAACCUAUAUUUCAUUCUAAGCUCAACUGCCAAACCAAUCCUUAAUCAUAAAAUCAGCAUCUGGGACGAAAAGAAACUCAAGGUCACACUUUGUUCCCUCCAAGAUAGAAAUAUAUGAGCAAACCCAGACACAAAUAUACACUCAAGCAACUUUUGGCUUAUGUCUUUGAUGUAUUAAUAAGUGAAGAGGCUUAACUUGCUAUUUUUUAUCCUUUUUUCUAACCAUAAGUCUUGACAGCCAAACUGACUGUAUACAACACACACACACACACACACACACACAAUGGAAUGCAAAGAAAGGGUUUAACCUAAUUGUCCAGCUGUAUAAUUGUCUAACUGCAGUGUGAAGGUCAGAGUUUUUACUCACUGAGCAGCAGCAGUUUUCUUUUAGUCAUCAAUUCCACUAAAACACUAAAGAAUCCUGAUCCAUGAACCGGGUCCUGUAGACUUCAUAAUUUCUGGAGGCAGAGAAGUGCCCUUGUAUGGUCAAGUGCUAUUAUUCUUUUGAGGCUUCCUGUGUGUGUUUGGCUGUUGGUGGCUAGGAAUGUGUUUUUGUUAAU